GAGGGGAAGUCUGGAGGGGUGGAGUUAAAUAUUCUCCCACUGGGGGCCGGUCCAGACAGAGGAGGAAACGGAUCCUCCCGAACAGAGAGCCGCAGUCCUGAUCAGCUGGAGGCGGCCGGCGGCUGCAGAUGGAGGCGGCCGUGCUGAAGCCCGCCAUGGUGCCGGAGCUGGACUGCAACAGCAACUCCCUGAAGGCCGAGCUGGAGGUGAAGAAGCUGCAGGAGCUGGUGCGCAAACUGGAGCGGCAGAACGAGCAGCUGCGGACCAGAGCCGGCGGCCCGCUUCAGUCCGCGGCGGCCGGGGGACUGAUCCUCCCUCCGGCCGCCCUGCUGGCCUUCGGUCCUCCGGCGGAGGAACCUUUCCACUAUUUUCACCAGCACGGAGCCGGGGACGGAGCGGCCGCUGCGGGGGAGGACGCAGCGGAACCGUCGGUUCUGGACGAGCUGGAGCUGCUGGAUCUGGAUUCUCUGAGCUGCUCGGACGAGUCUGAUGAAACGUGGUUGUACGUGAUCUCCAGGUCCAGCGACAGCAGCAGUGACUCCCUCAGUCCUCUCCAGUGGUGCCGGCAGGUUCUGGACAGCCCCAGGUUGGAGGUGGAGGCCGCCAGGCGGUCGCUGUCCCUCCGGCUUGAACAAGUGUCCCGCUGGAGGAGCUCCCUGUCCAGCUGUCCUGCUCCUCCUUCCUCCUCCACUCCUCCUCCUCUCAGUCGGGUCUCUGGAGUUCCUCCCAUCAGUUCUUCUUCUCCUCCAGUUAAACCCAGUUCCACCCCCCAGUCUGAAAGACACGCUCCCUCCCUGUCCUCCCCCCACCACCCCGUCCUCCAUCGGACCCUCAGUCCCAUCUCCAAGGAUCUGUCCCCUGUCCAGGAGAGGACUCCCACCUUCCUCCCCCACCUGGCCAGCAGAAGCCUCAGCCUGAGACACUCCACUCUGAGUCCACAGUCAUCGUUGGAUGGCGACGUCGGGGCCUCGGAGUUGGAGGACGACUCCAUCGCUCUGGGAUACAAACUGCAGGACCUGACGGACGUCCAGGUUAUGGCCCGACUGCAGGAGGAGAGUCUAAGGCAGGACUACGCCAGCACGUCGUCCGUCCUGGCCGGCCGCCGCAGCCAGAGCUUCAGCUUCCAGCUCAGCCAGCUCAGCGCCGGCCCCGACCUGGAGGAGGAAGACGAGGAGGACGACGAAGACUACGGCCUCCUGCCACCGCCUCCCCCACGCCUCACCCGCCUCCCGCACUCCCACACCUUCUCCAGCAUCCGAGACUGGCGAAGAAGCACCAGCUCCCUGUGCACCCCUCCUUCCACCCCCUCCACUCCACCGUACCCUUCCGCUGGGUUCGUCUUUCAGCCUCCAAACCCGCCGCCGGCCUCGGCGCUGGCCAGCCUCUGCUCAGAGCUGCAGGGCUUCAGACCAGGGUCAGCCGAAUAUGAGAAUAAGUUGCGGAGGAGCAUGCCCAACCUGGUCAGAGCUCCCAGUGUGCCCAUCCCCAGCAAUCCCAGUGCUUCCCCUGCUUUGCUUCGUAACAGCCAGAGUUUUGAUUCUUCCAGCGGUCUGACUCGACUGCAGUCCUCCAUUCCAUCUCCAGGUCAGCUGCAGAACCGGGUCCAGAGUGUGGGGAACUUCUCCUCGUUGUCACGGCAACCGCUGAAGGCCACCGCCUACGUCAGUCCCACCAUCAAGGGCUCGGCGUCCCUGCCGACCUCCACCAGCCUCCAGUCUCUGACUAGCGUAGGGUUCGGAGGGUUCGGCAGCGGCAUCCCUCUGCUCAGUAAAGCGGUCAGCUGCUCAGCCACGCCCACCGCCACGCCCAUCACACCUCGCAGCAGCCUGCCUCGCCCCGCCUCCUUCGUGGGCACCACAAGCUCCACCCCCCGCAGCAAAGUGGCCCAACCAGCACGAAGUUUACUGACGCCUCCAAAGAGCUUGUCCACCCUCAGUGCCCUUCGUGACAGCACCUGGAGAGACGGCUGCUACUGACGGCUGGACGGUGGCCCCCCUCCCCCACUGGCUGGGGUAACUCGCCACACCUGACCAAAAACAAUGACUGUACAUGACCUUAAAUCUGCAUAGAAUACUCGGAACAGACCACGCUGAGGGUCUUCAUGAGAACUGGACUCUCAGACUCUAUGCAGGACUUGUUCGGUGAGGCGGGUUUCUGAGUUGUUCCUGACAGCUUCGGUUUGUGCCAAGGGGAGCUGGUUCCCCGUCGCUGUUGUGCAAUAAACCCGCUGGCUGUUGGUUAAAGUUAACUAACCCGCUGAAGAGGGCUGCCAGUUUCUAUCAGUUUUAGAUAUUUAUUUUGAAUAAAACGAUUUUGACUAAUCAGGUGUUUUUCCCCUGUGGCAACAAGCGCCGACGAUGCUGCUAAAAUUUAAUCGGUCCCUGUCAGUUUGGGCACAUUUGGUCUCAUUUUUACAAGUAACAUAAUAAAGUAUGUAUUCGUGUACAAAGCUAACUAUUAGUGUGCAUAUAUAGAUAUUUAUUAAUUGAUGCAAUAUUCAAUUUUCAGUGUAAAUCUUGACCAAAAUGAAAAUAUCUGAAUGUGUUUACAGCUCCGUCUCACCGUGGUUGUCACCAGACUUUGUGCGUUUUCACACUUUAAAAUUCUCGUUGCACUUUGUACAAAACCUCUGGACUUCCUGGUAUUUUUACGUUCUGUUUACUAAUGUUUGCACUUCUUUCUGCAUUCAGAGCAGCAAAAAAACAAACCUUGUUGUUAACCGAGUGUGUUGGGAGAUUUCACACGGCGUUAAUGUAGCACCAUCUGUUUGUGAUCUUUCACCGUUUUUAACCGAGCGUCACCACGGCACAUCUCACACUUUUGUUACUGUGAUGGACUCAAUGAGUAAAAACAUUUUAAUAAAACAUGACAAAUUAAACACGUUUCUUACACUGA